AUGUCGACGACACGCAGGAGCCCUUUACUUUCUCCUCCUCGGGGUCCGGUACCUAGGCCCACAAACUGGGAUGACGAAGAUGAUGAUGAACUACCAGGGUCGCCGCUCGGGAAGUCGUGGCUCCGCUAUGUGCCACUUACCCUUGCCCUCACACUCAUGCUCGCGCCCCAUCCAUCUCUCCUCAUUGUGCUUGUCAACUAUCACCUACGUGUACUGCAUUCGCCCUCUCGCUUCCUGACACAUCUCCUGGUGACAUACACGCUCACAUUCUGCGCCGUCUCCUCUCUCAUUGUAAUACUCGCGCGGGACCCUGGCCCUGUUCCCUCUCCCAAAAGAUCCGAAGCUCCGGAUAGCGAAUCCAGCAGCAUGGACUUCGCGCAGGCCCUACUGGAUACUGAGGACGAUGAGCCGUUAAUACGAACCCAAGGCAAAUGGUGUCGAAAGUGCGUUGCCCCCAAGCCAGAGAGGUCACAUCAUUGUAGCUCUUGUGGGAGAUGCGUCUUGAAGAUGGAUCACCACUGCUAUUGGCUUGGGGACAAAUGCAUAGGCCACAGAAACUACUCCGCUUUCGUCCAUUUUCUCACAUGUGUCAGCUUGCUGUCAAUCUACAUCGCAUGUCUCUGCGUACAGGCAGUAUACUUUGCCUUCACGAACCCGCUAGCUAUAGACGAGAACACUCCACUUCAUGAUAUUUAUUUAGCAUUUUACGGCAUCAUCAUGACUCUUGUCAUCGGUUCAUUCUGGACCUAUCACCUGUACCUCACAACGACUAACCAAACAACAAUUGAGAAUAUUUCGCCGUACUUACUCCUACGCCACCUCCCCCCCCUCCCUCCACAAACUUCUACGCGGCAGAAGCUGUCAGACCCACCGCUGGAGCAUGAAUUGACAUACCCGCAGCGCCGCCUAGUGCGUGACGCUCAUUAUCAACUCAAGAUUUACGACGUCGGGUGGAAGAGAAACUGGGCGCAGGUGAUGGGGUGGAGUCGUCCACGGGGUUGGAUGUAUCGUCUUUGGCUGGGUGGAGGCGGGAAGGGUGAUGGACGAACGUUCCCGCAUAAUCCGCGAGCGGAGCCUUUACUGACACGGCUAGCUGCCGAGCUUGUGAGUAUAGACAAGAAUCAAUGA